AUGGGCGAAAUGACAUCUCCAGUCCCCUGGCAGGAUAUCGUUGCUGAGAAGCGGCGUGAGUGCGCACAGAAAAUCCCCCGCGAAUGGACGCUUAGUGCGGAGCAGCUAUCUGUGCCCCCACAUCUGCUGGAGUUUGAUCUACCGCGGCAAUGUGGAUUGCUGUCUGAGCUUGAACUCGAUCUCACGGAGAACUUUACUGCGGAGCAGCUUCUGGUCAAAUUGGCAUCGGGAAAUGUUCGUUCGUUGGAUGUUACCACGGCAUUUUGUAAACGGGCGGCGAUUGCGCAGCAGGUGACAUCGUGCCUCACUGAGACGUUCUUCGAUCAGGCGCUCGAUCGGGCCAAGUAUCUUGAUGAGUAUUUCCAGCGUGAAGGAAAGCCUAUCGGUCCUCUUCAUGGGUUGCCGAUCAGUCUGAAAGACAGCUUCUGUGUUGAAGGCUUGCAAUCGACUGUGGGAUAUGUCUCCUUCUUAAAGAACCCACCGGCCUCGACGAACUCGGGACUCGUGAAGCUGCUACUUCAGUUGGGAGCGGUGUUAUACGUCAAGACGAACAUCCCUCAGACUAUGAUGACCGGCGAUUCCGAGAAUAACAUCUUUGGCCGAACACUCAACCCACACAAUACGAAUCUGACAGCCGGCGGAUCCAGUGGCGGCGAAGGUGCCCUCGUGGCUUUCCGCGGCUCCAUCCUCGGCGUUGGUACCGACAUCGCGGGCUCAAUCCGUAUCCCAUCCCUCUGCUGCGGAGUUUACGGAUUCAAGCCAACGGCAGAUCGCGUGCCCUUUGGUGGGCAGGUCUCCGGCGCGAUGGAAGGAUUGCCCGGUCUCAAGCCCGCUGCUGGACCCUUGGCGCACAGUAUUGCCGAUUUGCAACUUUUCAUGAAAACUAUCAUUGGCGAAGGAGAGACAUGGCAAUAUGACCAGACUGCUCUGGCUGUGCCGUGGUAUAGCAGCCCUCAUGCGAUCAGCGAGCGUAAUGGCGUGCUGACUAUUGGUGUCUUGGCUGAGGAUAAGCAGUUCCCUCUACAUCCGCCUGUCAAGCGUGCUUUUGAUCGCGCGGUCGAACUUCUGAGUCGGGCCGGCCAUCGCAUUGUCAAGCUUGAUAACCAGGGUAAAGAGGAAACAUCCGUAGCAUUUUCUUCUCGCCUCUCAUUCGAAUACUUCGUGUAUGGUCCAAAUGAAGAUCAUAUCAGCCCCAGUGGCGAGCCGCUUGUGGCCUCAGUUGCUAAAUUUGCAUCGCCAAUGUUCACAGGUCCUUGGCCAGUCGAUCAAGAGUUGGAAACCUUUGAGAAGAUUCAGAAACUACAUGAAGCUCGGACACGGGUCAGUGAUGCCUGGCGCCAGACCUGGGUUGAUCAGAAGCUUGACGUGGUUAUCACCCCUGGGUCGCAGAGCACGGCGACUGCUUACGACACGUAUGGAUGGCCACCUUAUACCCUGAUCUGGAAUCUGUUGGAUUAUCCCGCCUGUAUCAUUCCGUUCGGGAAGGCAUCCAAGGAGCUGGAUCCGGAGAAGAUGGAGACUGGCGAUGAUGUGCAACCAGAUUAUCAUCCCGAUGAAGUCGACGGUGCGCCCUGUGCAGUACAGAUCAUUACUCCUAAGUUUCAAGAUGAGAAGUGUCUCUGGGCAGCGGAUAUUGUUGACAAAGCUCUUCGAGCAUAG